AUGAAGUUCAAGCCUUUUAUCUUCAUGUUCUUUCCUUGUGCAAUAGUUUUCCUUUCUGUUGUGGCAAUAAGCCCAUUAAAAUCUGGUGCAAUUGAAGAAUCCAAAACAAAAAUUUGGAUAGAUAGGAACGAAGGGUUGGGAAGAGGACAUAGUGAUGAUAUAGAUUGGGUAGGUUCAGGAACAUGGGGAGGUUGGGGAAGACCCGGAAGAGAAGGUAGAAAAGGAAGAAAAGGAGGUUCAGAAGAAGUAGCAAAUAAAGGAGGAAAUGAAAGACAUGACGUAGGCUUUGAAAAUGGAGACCGUGAAGAGUAUCCAUGA